UGGUUUUACAUCAUGUUGGAGGAGACUUUGCCCUGGGGCUUUUGGGGAGCAGGGCGUACUGAGCAUACUGAGAGAGACCAGUGUCUGGAUGGGAAAGCUUUGUGAAUUGCCUGUUCACCCUACAUCCUAUCUCUCCCACACACCCUGAUUCUUUUCUUUUCUGGUCCAUUUCCCCUUGAAGUCUUUCAUUUCCUGGGAAUGAACAAUUAAGAUAAGUUUUUUGGGGGCUGUUUUGGGGAUUUUGUUUGUUUGUUCGUGGGGUGUUUUUUGUUUUCUUUUUGGUUCGUUGGUUUUUGUUUGUGGUUCUGGUUUAGUUUGGUUUUUGUUUUGGUUUUUUUUUCCCUUUCCACAAAGCUUUGCCACACGCCCCAUCAAACAAAGUGCGUUACAAAGAAAAAUGCCCCAUGUGGGUUUAGAUGCUCUUCAGGAUUUCCAGCUAGGGCACCCAGCCUCUUUGCUUUACCCUUGUGCCCAGUGUCCUGGAGUGGCUAGGAGGGGAGAAAGGAAGAAAGUAUGAGGAGGUGGGGUGCAGGAUGGGAGGGGAGAUGAAUAUCAAGUGCUCAGGCAAAACACGAGACAAAACAAGUUCCCCCACCCCUAUGCUUUUUCCUUUCUUUACCUCCAGUAUCAGAUGUAUCGUCCCUAGACAGGGUUAUUUCUAAGAGUUGCUUUUCCCCUCCAGUUUUUUCCACUUCUAAGUUGGGACUAGUAUGUGUGUGUGUGUGUGUAUGGGUAUGGGUAUGCGUAAGCAAUAGAGGGAGCUUACCUAUGAAAACUGGUAGGCACCAUCUCUGGGGAUUUCUGCUGCCAGAAGUAGGUGAUAUCAUCAUGGAGAUUUCAUCAAAAGAAAAUACUCAGUUUUUCUCAAACAACACGAUCCUGCCUGUUGACCGAUCUUCAUUCAAAUCUGAAUCUUCUGCUUCCAAGGAAAAACAGUCAUGUUGUGGAGGUAUAAAGAUAUUUCUUGGUGCUUUGUCUUUCGUUUAUUUUGCUAAAGCACUGUCAGGAAGUUAUCUAAAAAGUACUAUUACACAAAUAGAAAGAAGAUUUGAUAUCCCUUCCUCUUUGGUUGGUGUUAUUGAUGGCAGUUUUGAAAUUGGGAACCUCCUAAUCAUAAUUCUGGUAAGCUACUUUGGAGCGAAGCUUCACAGGCCAAGAAUAAUUGGAACAGGCUGCUUAAUUAUGUCAGCUGGAACAUUCCUAAUUGCAAUGCCCCAGUUCUUCAUGGGACGAUAUCGCUAUGAAAGAUUCCAUUCCACAAUUAAUUCGACUGUAAACAUCUCUCCAUGUCUGCAAGAUAAAAACCAAACUCCAACCUCAGUCUGGGAAAAAUCUCAAGCAAAAAUAAAUGCAGGAUGUGAAAAAGAAGCAGGCUCUUCCAUGUGGAUCUAUGUUUUACUGGGAAAUCUUUUGCGUGGAAUAGGUGAAACUCCUAUCCAGCCUUUGGGAAUUACAUACAUUGAUGAUCAUGCCAUUGAAGAGAAUGCUGCCUUAUACAUUGGCUGCGUACAGACAGUUGCAAUCAUAGGGCCAAUAUUUGGCUUUCUUCUAGGAUCCCUGUGUGCCAAACUUUAUGUUGACAUUGGCUUUGUAGAUCUGGACAGUGUAACGAUAACUCACAAGGAUGUGCAGUGGGUGGGAGCCUGGUGGCUGGGUUACUUAAUCGCAGGUGUGAUUAGUGUUCUGGCCGGCAUCCCAUUCUGGUUCCUGCCAAGGCACCUCCCAAAACCAGAGAGCAGAAAGGACUCCAGUACCUCUUCCGAACAGUCAAAGUUCAUCAUUGAGGAUAACAAGGACCAACACAACUCUUAUCAACAACAACUGAAGAUGGCUGAGAUGGUAAAAGACUUCUUGCCAUCACUGAAGAACCUCUUUGGGAAUCCAGUUUACAUUUUGUAUUUGUGUGCAAGUAUCAUUCAGUUCAAUUCUUUAAUUGGCAUGGUGACAUAUAAGCCAAAGUAUAUUGAACAACAGUAUGGGCAAACUUCUUCAAAAACUAAUUUUGUUAUAGGUCUUAUCAACAUUCCUGCUGUUGCCUUUGGCAUAUUGUCUGGGGGACUGAUCAUGAAAAAAUUCAGAAUCAGUGUUUUAGGGGCUGCAAAACUCUCCCUGGGAUCAUCUUUCUUUGGUUACCUUCUGCUUCUCUCAUUAUUUGCGAUGGGCUGUGAGAACUCGGAUGUGGCCGGACUGACCGUGUCGUACAACGGAACUAAAUGGACAACUGAUUACGAGCAGGCCCUGUUUUCAGAGUGCAACUCGGGCUGCGAAUGUUCCAUGAAUGACUGGGACCCCAUCUGCGGGGAAAAUGGAGUUACCUACAUUUCUGCUUGUCUUGCCGGCUGCCAGGCGUUCAAUGGCAGUGGGAAAAACACCGUAUUUUUUAACUGCAGCUGUGUAGGAACCUUGGAAUCUCCUUCACGAAGCUCCUCAGCUGUGGUGGGACCAUGUCAAAAAGGAAAUGAGUGUCCAAAAAUGUUUCUGUAUUUUCUAGUAAUAUCAGUUAUCACUUCAUAUACUUUGUCAGUAGGUGGCACACCUGGAUACAUACUGCUUCUAAGAUGCAUUAAACCACACUUGAAAUCAUUUGCACUUGGUAUCUAUACCCUGGCAAUCAGAGUACUUGCGGGAAUUCCAGCCCCAGUGUAUUAUGGAGUGGCCAUAGAUACAACUUGCCUGAAAUGGGGAAGCAAAAGAUGUGGGGGAAGAGGAGCAUGCAGACUCUACGACUCCAGAGCACUCAGGUAUGUGUACCUGGGGCUGACUUUGGUGUUGGGCAUGGUGUCCAUUUUCUUCAGCGUUGCUGUCCUUUGGGUUCUCCGGAAAAGGUCUUCUCCACAAGAUGAGACCCUCUCAGCCAAUGGGGAGAGAGGCACCUGUGGGACAAAGAGCAGGAAAGAUAACUUUGUCAAUAAUGAUCAUUUAAUUCAGACAACUUACUGGCCAGAAAAGGAGACUAGACUUUAGGAAGACUGAGAUCUCCACUGUGACUUUACCCAGUGAGUGGUGGUUCCAGGCAAAAAUUCAUCAUCAGUGAAGCAGUAUAUUAGCAUCCACCCCAAAAAUGGUCACCUUCAUGUAAUAUUCACUGUAAAAGACAAACAUUUUACCACAUGUACAGCUCUGAAAACACUACUCACCAUUUGUCCUGCCAAGCCAGUGCCACUCAUGUGAGGGGAUUUGUUAUGGCCAGGGAGGUGCAGCUUGCUCCCCUGCCAAGAAGCCGUUCCUAUGGCUGCUCCUCAGCUCCAUCCCUCCUCUUCAAGUUGCAACAGCCACUGCUGCCCCUCGGCUUCCUUCUGUGUGUGAGGUGUAGUAGGGAGGCUGCGAUGCAGCCUUAUCUACCAUGUUACCAGCCUAACAGUAGCUGGUGCAAGAAACACAACUUGGCAACCUGAAAGGUGUGGGGUUGUUCUGCACAUGGCUUGCCCUCACAAAUGGUGUGGCACAGGGCAAGAGGAAGGUGGUUUGCUGGAAGUACAAAUCUGCAACAGCCCCUGGGCAUCUCGUGAAUUCAACCCAUAACACUUAAGACAUCAAAUGUUGUGGUUAGGGAUUCUUCUUCAAGUAGCUCUGUUACAGCACAGCAAUAACAGCAAUAAAAGUUGUCAUUGAAGUCAAAGAGACCAUGAGAGCAUUAUCCAAAGGAAACUGGAAUAAAAAUAGAGCUUUUUUAGGUUUCCAGCAAUUUCUUGCUAUUUGCUAGUACUCAGUUUACUGAAUAAUACCAUGCAUUUUAUGCAAUGUAAUAACAUCGUGAUACAAGAUACAUAUGAUUUAUUAAAAAAAAAAUAAAAAAACAAACUGUGAAAAAACAGCUUGGGAACAAUAAAAUGAGUUCAAAGACCA